AUGAUUGUAGAGCGCAAAAUCCGCCUUGUGACGGACCAAAAUGUCAUGCCCGACAAACCGGCGCAGGUCGAAGGCUUUCCCAUGAGGAAAUGGUCCGUCUCCAUCUUCGUCUUGGACGAGGCAGGCGAGGAACAUACGGCCGAUUGCUUCCAGAAGGUCGUGUAUAACCUUCACCCUUCCUUUGAGAACCCAACGCAAAGCUGGGGAGAGUUUGAAAUGGUCAUUGAUUGCUACACGACGGAGAAGUCCAAGCAGUCCAUCCCGCACGACCUCAAUUUCCAAUCCAACCACUACGUCUCCGAGCACACAGUCUCUUUUAAGAACCCAAGCCAGGCUCUUCAGCAGAUUCUCCGCGAGACAGGACCUCUACCCAACGACGAGGACCGCGCCAAGCGCAAGGGCGCCGCUGGUGCCGCCGGCCCCAAGAAGGCCAGCCAAAAGUACGACUACGAGAAGAUUGCCGAUGGCCUCGGACGCCUCGAGGAGGAUGACCUGCUGCGCGUGAUCCAGAUCAUUAACGAUAACCGGACCGAGGGCAUGUUCAUCAAGAGCGAUGUGGACGGUGAGUGGCCUGGUCUCUCGUGCCCCAAAGGCAGCGCUGACGAAUUCCCAGCCGGCGAGUUCUCGAUCGACCUGUACUCCAUGCCCGAGACGCUUACGAAGCUUCUCUGGGACCACCUGGUUCGUCUGCCUAGCACGGUCUCGUAUGAAUGCUUCAAUCCCGCUAACCAUUUCUGA